AUGAACGGCACGUUUGCCGCCACGCGCGGCCUGGAAGAUUUCCAGCGGAAUGCCGCCUUUGUUGCCUUUAUGCUUAUUGUUUGCUUCGGAGUCUUUGUGUUCAUAACGAGGAAUCUGCGUGAAACUAUCACUCCUUUAUGCUGGGCUGCUUUUUUUGCAGUGCCGAGCACACUGUUGAUAUCUUACUUUGAUCGCCUUAUCAAUGCUGUCAUGAGCAGACUGGUGCAGCUUUGGCACCGCUUGUGGGGAUCCAGGCGCAUCGAAUGUCCUGCAUUCGUGCAUUUUGUGGCUGUCCAGGGCGACAGUCACAUUUGCUUAGACCAUGCACCUGGAACCACUGCCUUCCUCCGGAAGGUGAACACGCCAUGCAUCGGCUGCGGAAGAUGGCUCCUCAAGGUACUGCAGUUUCUGCGCCUCGAGUCCUACUUUCGGCGGCGUGUCAAGAUUGUCAGCCUCUCUGUACAGGACGGCGCUGACGAAGCCCUGGGGCCUGAAGUCAAUCGACUGGUUCAGGGCUGGACCUACUAUGUCUCCAGCGCAGGAACCAGGGAGUUUGCUCUCAACGGAGAUGAAGGUCUGACAAGCAUUCGUCUCGAGCUUUUCCUGGAUGCGUCAGAGCACUAUGCAGCCGUGGUUCCAACGAGACAUCCGACAUCGCGGACGAACUUGACUGGGACCCUGGAGAUGGAUAAAAGCUCUUCUUUGUCCUGGUUCCUGGCUCUGAUAUUAACAUUGCUGCUGGUCUCCGGCGGUAUGUGGUUCUUCAUCGAGUGCAUCAACCUUGGUGUGCAGAGUUUCACUGCUAACCUGGAUGACUACAAGAAGGGUGUCGAGGAGUUCCUUAACCUCGUGAAGCCAAUCUUACCACCCAGCGCAUGGAAGGAGUUGCAGCAAAAGAUCUCCUCCUUCAUAUCCGAUGAGCUGACCUCACUGGCCUCAGAGCUUGCCUCGGCGCUCGAGUCGCUAAGCUUCCAGGCCCUCAUGUUCUUCGUCUAUCUUUUCUUCUGGAUCUUCGAGCCUCUGCCUGUGAGCAGCCCCGUGGCAGAGGUCUUCAAAUCUUACCUUUUGAUGAAGACCUUCAUAUGCCUUCUGUUCUCUACCCUGAUGAGUGUCUUGCUCCUGUGCCUGCAAUGCAAGAUUUGGAGCCUUUUCUUCGUCUUGACCUUCCUGCUCAACUUUAUCCCCGAGAUAGGUGCCAUAGCUUCAGCUGUGCUGACGGUCCCGGCUAUACUAUUCGAUGGACAUCUGACCAUGGAGCGGCGGCUGGAGAAUCUUAUUUGGCUGGUCAUCAUGGGAACUGCCAUCAAAGUUUUCACAGGCAAUGUGGUGGAGGUGCAGAUGUAUGCCACCAUGGGCGGCCAAUUCAUGCGCAUGCACCCUGUGAUUAUCAUGGCAUUGAUCAUGCUGUUCUCGUCCCUGCUGGGUGUCACUGGAAUGUUCUUGGCUGUUCCGAGCAUGGCGGCUGUGAAGUACUACCUGGUGUCAACUGAUAUGCCGGAGCAGUUUCAGCAUCCACUCCUGAUUGCCAUCGAGGGUGACGCAACGGGCCCUCACAAGAACUUUGUGGAUCAGCAGCGCAUUCAGCAGCAAGUUGCCUCCAACGCUGCCAGCGCACUAGAGUUGACCACGCCAUAG